AUGCCUGUCCGGACGGAUCUGGUUCUACGCCUCUUUCACUUCUGGCUGGAGAAUGUACUUAUUCCUCUUCUUAGGGCCUAUGAAGCUAAGCUUAGGGAACUACAAACUCAAGCUCUGGAUAUAUACGGUAAGUUGCCAAGUUUUCUGCCUAUUACAUGCUGGCUGUGCGUUUUCAGUGUCCUUUAGCACCAAUUAAGGGGUAAACACAAGUCUUCUCCAUGCAUUAAUGUUAUUUAAUCCGAGUUAAAGAGGCUGGGCAUGUACGUUAGUCUUGUUAGUACAGAUAAGAGACAGACUGAAUGCAACCCAUAAUGAUUGGACACUUUAAGGGUCAUGCUCUGAGAUUCAUUCAUGAGUAUCCCGCCAAAGGGCCUUGCUAACUAAAACUAAAUGCAUUAGUAGGUAUUUUGAAAAGCUUCCAUAAAAUUGCUUGCGUGACAUAUGCCGGAAGUGGUUUUACUGGUUAAACUUGGAAAGAUGUAAGGAGUUCUCACUUUCCGUGCAGGAGAAGCACGAUACGUUCUUCUAGGCCUUAUAGAAAGCUACUGGCAUCCGUUUCUUACUCAUUUACUCUAAAACUGGGCAGAAGACGUUGAGACUGGAUGGGAUGGCCCACAACUGAGAGAAAAUCAACUAUCGAGAUCUGCAGAAGGACUUCAAGAGUUCGGUCAGAAAGUGCGAUGUCGGGAUGGGAUGGGAUGUAGGAAUGUCCUGUUAGAAGAGGAUGACUAAACCAUGGUCGACAUAUCGACGUCCAACGCUACCCCUACCUAACCAAUAGGGUGCGAACAGGGUGGAUUUGUGCAGAAAAUAACCCAUGACAAACAGCGUCGCUCUCAGUGUCUAAUAACUAGAUCCUUAGGCGAAUGUUCUUGUAUGCGUCUGUUGUUUUUUCCUAGGUAAUUACUCCACGGUUGCUGCUCAGGGGGAUGCAUCUAGCGACGGAUCAUCCCAGCAUUUCCCCCACAUCUACCCCUUCCCCGAUCUCGGCUUUCCAUCACCACUGCCUCCGACUACCACCACCGCCUCAUGCUCCAUCAACUGCCCCCCAUCCACCGCCACCUACCGGAUCGUACAUUCUGCAGAAACGCCCUCCACACCGUCAUCCGGAGAAGAUUCAUCAUUUGAACAUUCAUUGCCUGUUCCGACACCCAGGCAUACGGAUUCUCUUCUCCGGAUGGCGGCGAUUGGCCAGACAUUCGACAUCCAGCUCCCAAAACGCCCUGUCGCCGCUCCUGCUCAAACUCACAAUGGCCAAACAUUUGACAUCGUCGACGAGGAUCCGACAGACGUCGACAUAGCCAGGCUGCCAAGCCUCAGCAGCCAGGGAGAGUCCACAUCCGAAUAUGCAAAGGCGUUCUCCACGCAUCCAGUCCAUGUGGCCUCGACUAGAAGCUCGGUUUCACGACUCGGACAGGUCAACAGCCUGGUGGAGCGUGUGUCUUUCAGGUAAUUGCCCUUUACCAGUAUGUCUCAACACUACACACUCAAAACAUGCCAAAGGGCAGUCAGAUUUAAAGUCAAGACGAGAAAGAACAUAGACUGGGGCCCAAUGGCCGUUUGCAUAUUACUUCCUCGCCCAUAUGCCAGUCUUUAAAUGUGUCCACCCCCUACCCUUGCUUACAUUUCAGUGAAUUGAGUCUGAUUCCAAGUAUUCGGAAAAUGGGGGCUGAACGCCUACCUCACGGCGUUAUUGAGCUGUACGAGCCCAUCAAAAUGGAGACUUGCCUGAGUAACGCUGAGCGUCAAGCCUAUCCACGCAUCCACAUUCAGAGGAAACAGGGUAAGCAGUAACCCUCACCAAAUUUAAUAUGUCAUUCUGAGCAGCUGAACCCUUGGAAUUCUAAAUACUGUGUUAUAUGCAUGUAGUGGGAGCCUACUUUAAGCUACCAACCCACCUUUCUAAUACGGUUUAAUGAGACGAGCCCCUAAAUCUCCUUCUUGCAGCCGUCUUUAGGCCAACAGUCUCCGUCAUAAGGGCUCGUUCUGGAAGUGUUACUCUGCGCGAAAGCCAGGUUUCCAAUGAACCACUGGCAACUCCUCGUAGGGUAGGUCAUUUUCCUACACCAUGUUAGUCCAUAGUACUUGAGUCUCAGUGGACGGAGCAUGCGUUUUCACUCUCCUCAUUAACUCCAAAUCUGUCCUUUCCGCGGCGGUCGGCAGUGGCACGAGUCCUGCGGAGUGUUUGGCGUCGACUUUGCAGCUGUGUCAGCCCAGAAGCCGAGUGAGCAAACUGAUGGAAAGCCGAGAUGAGGGAUCAUGCUGGGAUGAUCCGUCGCUAGAUGCAUCCCCUAGCACGCCGGGGAAACCCCGCCCCUCCCACGUCCUUGUCCUUACCCAAAAAACCCUUCCCCCGUCCAAUGUACAUAAUUGAGUAACCUAUGUAAGUAAAGCCAUCUUAGUCACAUUAAAUACCCUCUUCGUCUUCAACCAACCUUCAGCGAUGCAUACGGUGGGAGCAAUGCGAUGUGCCAAACGCCAUUGCACGGACGAUUAUAAUACAAGAGUUGGUGGGUACCGAACGCGCUCGAAGUUCAGGGGAGAAAUUAAAUACCAUCGCACAGAAUACUCCGGGUCACCCAAAUACGAAAGCCGGCCAUCUGAGUCCCGGUGUAUCUCUAGGCGUACACUGCUAGGCUGUGAGGGUUACCAGACGGCGUUCGCAGCCAAUCGGAAGACGCAGGUGUGUGCACGACCGCAGGACCCAUCUUAGUUGACUUAACAAAUAGCACGCAGUUCAUAAGCAGCUCCGAGAUGGCCUAGGGACACGGGUCAAAGCCGAAUCCUUGGGCAGUUAGAGUCAAUGCACAAUGCUCGUGACAGAUCGGCCUCUCAGAAGACGCAAGAUGCCGAGUAGAGAUAAACCCUAACUGCCAACAGUAAAUAGGCAAAUGCAUCCAAAAUCACGACGAUGGCGCCCUCCACUGGAAAGGCGAUCCACACUCCGCUCGAACGACACUAGGUUUACCAACAUACGCUUCCAGACAUGAAUAUGGACAGGUGAUCUGAGGAAGCGCAUGAUUGCCAGACCGAUGUUUCGAAAUCAAAUGAACUCCUAUCGGUGUUGACUACAGGACUGUUGGUAAUGUUACUGGCCUCGCUGGCGAACCGAUAGUCAAGGCUCACUUGCGCUGGCUUCGCGGAUACGUGACAUUGCGACGACCGCUCUCUAUCAGUCAGCCAUGGAGUUCCGGAUGUAACCGGCGUCAGUGCCGUUCUUCAAAGCAUAGUCAAAAUUACAGACCAACAGACCUCCGACUCAGAUCCAAGGUCAGACUGCUUAUUUUCACGUCCGAACACUCCUUCGCUAAAGGUAAAUGACUGAGCGGAAUGAGCGCGAAAACUUCUUCUGUUACCCCACUGAGGCUUACGCCAUCGGAACUUCCACAAAGAGCUCUGUCACUUUCCUUUGAUCGCUUCCUCGGUGGCUGUGCCAGUGUUGCCAUCUUCCUCCUUAAUGUCCACACAGACGUCGGCUAGGAUGACCUCAUAAGACUUCGCACGCGCCCGUACAAUUACGCAAACAAUGAUUCACAGCGUCUCUCUCCCCCCGCCCUCCUCCCAAACUAUCGUUCCCUUGGCCAGGGAUUUCGACAUUCCCUCAACCGACUUUGCGCCCAGCUGCAGCACGGAUCAACUUCGGAGCUUAAGCCUAGCGAUGUCUAAGACGCACGAUAACCACAAAAUCCACUGCAUGCUGAACUGCAAAUAGCCGGAGUGCACGAGGUCGAUGUUACAGACCACUCAUUCACCAAAAGCACAGUCGUUACUAGCAAAGGCCAUGCGCCAAGCAAAUGACCUACAAGGCCUUUGUCUCCAACAGACACUCAAUCGACAGGCAUAACCUCGUCUUGAGUCAAGGCACAACAAAAACGACUCCCCCCCCCACCCCACAGCAAACAUGAAUGGGUCAGGAAACCAGUAAUGCGCACCCCACUGACAACUAACUGGAAACACGUCUGCACACCGAGAUACCUACGUGUGGUAAGGAGAUUUCGGCAUUUGAACCGGCGCAGUUUUAGAAACGGAUGGGCGGCCAACCUGAUCAGAUAAACGAUUCUGAGAAAUAAACAACUGUUAGCUAAACACAAAGAGGAGGAAGAACAAAUAUAUUUACAAUAGUGUCAUAAAGAGGGGAGCAAAAGGCGUUUAAGAAAGUUUUCGGAAAUUGCGGAACACCGGGUAGACCUUAGCAAAUGUUUCGUAGACCAAUGCGAUGGACUUGGCGUCUGGAAAAUGCGGAAAACAAAUGACUGAGAGAAGGCUUUGGAAAGGUGCCCAUGCAGAUAACCCUGCCAGGCCGAAAUGGCUUUGACAAGCUCAACUAUAAUCGCGACCUUGUCAUUCACAAAAAUAAAGAAAACAAGUUUUAAAUUGACAAGCCGGGGCUCUGAUUUAAAACUUAAACGUCCAAGUUCCCUCCUGUAGUCUGGAUAGCUCGCAUUUCGAACGACAGACGACGACAAGUCUUGUACAGAUAGUCCGUCGUUACAGAAGACCAACAAAGCCAACAGUUGGCGACUUAGGUUUAUGACAGACGGAAAGGCCUCUAAAAGAGUUCGCUACAAUUAAACGCACCAAUCACCGAGAAAACUAGACAGCUGACAGUUCACAACUGGAGCAUCAGCCAGAAAGGUCAAGCAGAGCGCUGGGGCCCCACUGAUCAGCCGAAAUCCUCGCAGCUGCGUCAUGCAGCAGUACGAAACCGGCCAAAACACAUGCCUGGGUCUUAAGUUGGCGCCUGUGGUGGACUACUCAGUAUUAGCCAACGGACAGUACCCACGUUUAUAACUAUAGUGUCGGUACAGUAACCCAUCACGGCUUUGUUGUUCCCUUUCGGAAAUAUAGCCCCGUUUACCUAGAACGACUUACUGUAGUUUUAAACCCCCCAGCCUCAUAUGGGUGUUCCGUCAAAACUUGGAAUAUUAUAAGCGGAAAGGGAUGUAUAAAUACCGUUGAGGGAAUUACAUACACGAAAGAAAAACUAACCGAGUCGGCACUGGUUGACAAGUAAGCUCGAGGAGCCGCCUAAUGCUGUUAACCUUACUACUGCGUGAUAGACACGACAGUCAGUUACUAUGUUUUCACUCAAAGUAAUUUCUUUAAAGGAACCGGCUGCAGACAGUUGGCGCGAUCCGUAAGCGUUUCAAAAAUUCUACAAAAAGGCAACCGUUGAAAGAAGCAUAACGUGGGAAGUUAGACUCACUAAUAAAGAACAAUUACAAAGUAAAGCGUCAAACAUUCAAGAUGGGACGAUGGGAACUAGGCAGAAACGUUACAACACUUACCGUGCCACCUGUCCAUGGCUAGAAGGUCGUCAAUCUGAACACCGUUCUUCUUUAACUGCAGCUGGUAUCUGACAUCGUCCUUUCUGAUCGACGAGGAUCCAACUGACGUCGACAUCGCCGGGCUGUCAAGCCUUAGCAACGAGGGAAUGGCUGCAUCCGAAUAUACAAAAGUGUUCUCCACACAUCCAGUCUCAGUGGCUUCGACCAGAAGCUCAUCUGCACGACUCGAACAGAUCUACAACGAAGAGCGUGCGUCCUUUAGGCAAUUGUCCCCUACGGGUAUGUUUGGUCACCGCACACUUACGAGAUACCAGACGGCUCUCUGGAUCAACACACUAGCAGGGGAAUCGUACGAUGAAUAAUUCACGCAUUUACAUGGAAAGCCGUCACAAGGUAGCCGGCGGUGCCUCCACACCCACUGCUACCUGCAGUCUAGACAUGACAGGCUGCAGAAUACUUCAUUAACACUAAAAUUUUAACUGGAGCUUGUGCCGGUGCCAUCGCACCUACGGUCCAAAAGCACCUUAGUAUAUUCCGCCUUGCGCAUUCCAACAAUCGCCACAACGCUUGGAAGACCGCCAGCCAGUAAUAGUGACAAAAGCCGCCGAGUAGUCCCCUCUUCUACAUCGGUGACAAGUUGGGCGGCCGAUACCGCUAUUGAGGUUGACGUCAUUUCGCCUGCUAGGCAUCACUACCUGGGCCCCAAGGCUUUGCAAUUUCCAUUGCUGUCCGCUAACAGCACCACUAUCAACACAUACGGACAACGGUCCAUCACUCUCCAUAUCAGCCUCCGGUGAUGUUCUCAAUGGGCCUUUGCCCAAGCUGAUGUUCAACCGUCUGUUAUCGGGACAGAUUUCCUGUCAUAUUUUGGCCUUGCAGUCCACCUGAAACAUCGUAAACUCGAGAUGCCACAACCAAACUUUUUGCACUUGGUACCAUCACCUGAAAACCUUCGGUCAACAUCCACUUGACUAUUCUAGGUUCGUUAUUCGCCGACAUUUCCAAAGACUACGUAUUCCUCAUUCAACUUUGUCAAUUCGCCGAAGAAAUUCAGCAUGCUGCCUAACACCAAAUCGUUCCCACAAGGUGGACAAAAUGACUUAGCUCCGUUCCUAUAGGAACGGAGACCAGGAACAAAAAUCGUCUGCAUAUGCAUAAACCAUUUAUAUGGCUUCUUCGUAUCUUAGCUGUUGGCCGAGAUUAUGGAAUUUUAAAGGUCCCGUUGUUCUGAUACCUACUCUCAGUGUCCGGGAGAUGUGGCCCGAACGGUAGUUAGAAGAGCAACUGAAGUGCGCAUGCCCAGCAAAGUAGAAACGUGCUGUAGCUGUGUAAACUAUUAAGCUCACCCAUGACCCCACAGACAGAUCUCGAGAUAACAGGUAACCAGACGAUCGUAAGACCCGCCAUCUCUAUCUACCUCACUAUUCGAUUAACAUUAACAACUGGUGACUGAGUUACUGCGACGACGUCAUAAAAGUGCCUUACGUACUGGAGAAAAGCAAUUAAAAUUUAAAAAACGACAGCAUUUAGUCCAGACAUUAUGGGCUUUAAAAUUUUUUAUGGAAGUUUCGCAAUAUGCGGGAAGAGCCAAAUAGUUUGAAGCUACUGACUUUGUUAUAUUAGUACAAUGGCACGAGAUGGAAAUGCGAUAUCCUUUUUACAGCUGUCCGGAGCUCAGCAGCCUGUUAUGAAAGGUCUAAGGAAGAGUGUCACUGUGCGAGCAACCGAAGUUUCCCAUGAAUCCCUGAUAACUCCCUGUCCGGUAGGUCAUGUCCCAGUUUCAUGCUAACCUCCUCUUCUUGAGUCCGAGAGACAGUAAAUGCAUCCACACUCUCCUCAUUAACUCAAAAUUUUUCCUUAAGCGAUUUUCGGUAGUGGCACGAAUUCCGCAGAGAGUUUGCCGUCGGCUUUGCAGCAGCAUCUGCCCAGAAACCGAGUGAGCAGGCAGAUGUAGAGGCGAGAUGAGGGAGCAUGCUGGGAUGACCCGUCGUUAAAUGUGUCUCCUUGCGUGCCGACGAAUAUCUGUCCACCCUCCCCUCUCUACCCAUAAGCGAAGAACACUCUCCCCCCCCCCGGGAUGUACAUGACUGAGUAAGGUAUGUAGGUAAAGCUGUCUUAAUCAUAUCGAGUGCCCUCUUUUUCUCCUACCGACCCCGAACGACGCACACGGUGGGGGCAAUGCGAUGUGUCCUAUGCAAUUGAAUGGAUUAGGGAAAAAAUAAAUACAGCGACAUGAGAGGUGGAAUAGCUCAGGGCGUCUUAAAUACAAAAGCACUAGUGCGUGCUAUUCUGAACCAUUCAUUGGGACCUCGGAGUGUCAUUAAAUAGUCACUGCUAGGUGGUGGGAAUUACCCGAUUGCGGUCGUACCCAAUCAGUGAAUGUUGGUGUACAUGUAGUUUGACGGCGAGGGUGUGUACGCGACCGUAUGAUCCAGCUUUAUCGACCCAACCAGCAAUGUGUAGGUCAUAGACGAUGUAGUCUGCUGGCAACUGUCUUAAAUCUUGCGGAUAGGAAUGGAGGAGAUGAAGGCUGUGGACAAAUGACCAAGACUCAUUCCGGUUACUGCACUGUAUAUGCUGGAUUUCUGAAACGCACUGGGCGGCCAAACUACGUAUUCUGCAAUCAGAUUAGGGCUUUCGGAUUCAAAUUUGUCGGGCCCUCCAACAUCUGCCUCUCAUCGCGUAUUCCAUAGUGUUAACAGGUUAUGCAUAACGCUUGUGACAGAUCGGACUGUCACAUGCUCGGUGGCAGAGCACUUAAGAUUAUGUGCAGAGGGCUUUUCUAACUGGCACAAAUAGCCAUGUCGACGUAAUGCGCCACCGCUUGUUUUGGUGAUAGACGUGUGUGCGGAAGUAUUUUCGGAAAGGGAAUUAAAAUUCCCCAACUACGAAAUUAAUAUUAUGCGGAUACGUUGACGGCAGCUGCUAUAGAGACAACGGCAUGAAAGCUAACAAGGAAGCAGUGGAUCUGGUAGUUGAAACAUGCUCGGUAUUGCACGCCGACAUCUCUUUACCCAGGUUUUCGUAGUUUCUGACGUCCACUGUGCCUGUCUUGAUGUUGACUUACUUGCUGAUUCUGAUCUUCUCGUCGAACGCUGGCAGUUUCAUCUACGAGACUAGAUCAUGUCCUUUACCGCUUGGGACAAGCUCUAUCCAAAAUUCAGAAAGAUAGAGUAGUCACGGGAAGCAGAGCUGUUCAAUUCAUUCCUUGUCCAUCAUUUUACCACUUAAUUUGGCUUCAUCCCUUCAAUUUCGCUGUCCUUCGAUGCUUCCCUCAUCACCAUUAAUUUUGCCCCUGCAAAUAUUCGGAAGAUAAUAAGCCAGCUUGCUAAAUCUCCCUCAGUAGGAACUGACAACAUCACCGAACUUUCUUAUUAAACGACUAAGAGAUUUUUCUCCUCUUCUAAGCAAACUCUUUUCAGUAUUUCUCGUGAAUGGAUUCUUUCUUAACUAUUGGAAAACUUCAAUUAUUAUUCCAGUAUUUAAGUCUGGCUGUUGUUAUGAUGUUCAGAACUAUCGAGGUGUCCAUAAAACACCCUCUUCUGCCAAAAUCCUUGAAAAAUUAUUGCCAUCAACAUUCCUGAAUUCUGCAUAUCCAAUCAAUUUACUGGUUCUUUCCAACAUGGCUUCUCCAGAGCGGAAGUCGACAAGGUUGAGUCGCCAUUGUUGAUUGGUUGAGGGUAGAUCUAGGGUGGACAGUUAAACAAACUUAGGCCAGGGCUACUUUGCUUAAUUUUAGGGUUAUAAUAAUUUCAGUCAGUAUCAGUCAGUAUAUUUGGAGUAAACAACAGAAGCCAUGAAAACUCCAUUUAGAGGGUACAGGUAUAAAGUAAAAUAGUUAAAUUGCAAAACUUUUGCUUGCAGUUUUAGUUUUAGUAGGAGAAUUCAUAAAUCUAAUAAUGUAACAUGAAGGUGAAAGGGGUAUUAUAUUCGCAAAUUAAUUGCGAAAAACUUUGUUCACCACAUUCGGACUGUGAAAAUUUCAAUAUGGGCUAAGUUUGACGCAAAAAUAGGAUCUGUUGAAAUCCUGUGAGUAGUAUAUUUAUAGUCAUUUCAAUAAUCCGUUAGAUCAGGCUUCGGCAGUUUGGGUUGCCUUUCAGCAGGUGAGUAUCCAGUUGUCUCUUGAACACGUUCACGGUAGGGGAAUUAACAACAAACUCCGGCAAAGAGUUCCAUUGGCGAAUGACCCUCUGUGAGAAAAAGGAGGAACGUUGAUUUGUGUGGCACAGUUCCUUUUUGAGCUGGUAAUCAUGUCGUCUGAGAUUGGAUUUGGGUGCCAUUUCAAAAAACGUUUCCCAGUCGACAUCCAGAUUAAGUCCUUUUACCAACUGGAACGUUGCUAUGAGGUCACCUCUGUCCUGCCUGUAGUGGAGGGGAUAGAGGUUCAAGGCCGUCAGGCGCUGCUCGUACGUGAAGUUUUUGAGGCCAUGAACAGCCUUUGUAGCACGCCGUUGUACACCUUCAAGGAUAUCUAUAUCCUUCCGAAGCCACGGCCGCCAAGCCUGUACCGCAUAUUCCAGGUGCGGCCGCACAAAUGUCCCGUAUACUUUGCCAAAGACAUCUUUAUUCAAGUGAAUAAAAGUUCUGCGUAUCGCGCUCAUAACGGACAUUGCCCGCGCAGCGACUUUAGAACACUGCGUGGUGACGCUUAGAUCGUCUUUAAUGAACACACCGAGAUCUUUUUGCACAUCUACGGUUUUAAGUGGUUGAUUGUCCAGGAGAUAUUGUCGUGGGGGUGCAUUUGUUCUUCGCCUCGCUGAUACUACGUGCAUUACUGCACAUUUUUUGACGUUGAAUUUCAUGCACCAUUUCUCGCUCCAUGCGUGCAAAAUCGUUACGUCCUCUUGUAGCAUCCUGACGUCAUCUUUAUCUUUUAUCGCUCUCCAAAGUUUAAGGUCGUCUGCAAAGAGUGCUAUGUCUGAUUUCACUUCCCGUACCAGGUCAUUUACAUAGAUAAUGAAUAGGAGCGGCCCAAGAACUGACCCCUGUGGGACUCCACUCGUAACACGUGCCCAUUCUGAGCAGUAGCCGCCCGCAGUGACUUUUUGUUGCCGUCCGUUUAGGAAAUCUUGAAUCCAUUUCAGAAGAUUUCCUCUUAUCCCUACUUCUGAUAACUUUUGAAUGAGGCGCUUAUGUGGGACGCAAUCGAACGCCUUGCUGAAGUCAAAGUAAAUGACAUCAACUGGAUAUCCUUUAUCCAUGGCCUUUGACCAAUGUUCGAGUGACGAAAGCAGAUUUGUGAGACAGGACCUCUUUUCGCAGAAGCCAUGUUGAACUGAGGCGAUGUGACAGCGGAAAGUAUCGAGUGAUGUAAUAGAUUUUUUAACUAGCCUUUCCAUCAGUUUGCAGCAAAUGCAUGUCAAACUAACCGGCCGGUAGUUCGUGGGACAUAGCCGUGAUCCUCCCUUGUGGAUAGGUACGACGUUUGCCAACUUCCAUGUGUCAGGUAGUUUGCCAGCUUCCAGCGAUUUUUGGAAGAUUAUAGAAAGUGGCUCUGCUAAUACUAUAUGCAUACUUUUUGUGAGAGGCCAAACUACGACUAAGUGCCUGGCGUAUAAAUGUGCAAAAGUUCGGCGUGCGCGCCUCUAAAGGGGCUUGGUUUCUAGAACCUUCUCCAAGAUGGCGGCCGCACAUGAUCUGGCAUUUUAGAUUCCUACAACCCGAUUGCUCUUCUGAAACGUGUAUUAUUUUACUCUAAAAUAGAGUUUUUUUUUCACUGCUUGCCCAUCAUUUUUCUUGACAGACUACUUACUCACUAAUUAUCAAUUGCAUAGUGUGCGGAUUCUCUCUACCUCCUCCAAAAUUCAUAUGAAAGUUCACUUUCCCUUGCCAGGAGGGGACCCCGACGGGUCUUUAAUAAGAUUUAUAUGUCGUUCCUCAAUCUACAUACUUGUCUUCGUAAUUAUCACUGGAUAAAAAUAAUAAUAAUAAUUGUAAUAAUGGCAUUGAUUGUAUUUAAUGCCAGAUUACAGGCACCGUCAAGGAAAGAUAAAGCAUGGAUCGAGCAAACAGUGAAAACGCCUGAGGAGUAAAUACAGAGGAUGAUGGUUUCGUAUAGUUUGGAUGGUUCAUGACAAAACUGCUGCCCUUUUAGUGGCGGUAGUCCAGAAAUGGAUGGUUAACACUGCAUCGGAUAUUUUGAAUUUCCAUUCCUUUUCAUGAAAUAGGGAUUGAACCAAACACAAGCAUUGAAGAACUGUUGCUCGCUGUCAGUUGAAGAAAUUGACCCUAGUGUGGUCGUUAUUUAUUUCGAUUUUAGUAAGGGCUUUGGUAAAGCGUCAUAUAGAAGACUCUUAGUUAAAUAAGAAGCUGUAGGACUUCGCAGUCCCUUUAGUGGCUUUAUUAUAUCAUGCAUUCUUAGUCAUAAUAAAGAGGUUUUCAUGGGACUCCAUUUUCCAAUGAGAAUCCCAUUGUAAGGUAUGUCCUACAGGGUAGCUUUUUAGGUCCCCUUUUGUUUCUGCUUUACAUCAAUGAUAUCUCAUCGGCAGUUGAACAUUAUUAGUCGUUUAUUUAUGCUGAUGACAGGCAAUGCGUAUAUUCAGUCACUAAAUCCAUGUCGCAACAUUGGUUGCAGCAAAUCCAUGCUGACUUGCUUGUUCUCUCGACGUGGAACUCAAAAUGGCUGAUGGAAUUCCCCCCCACCCAGACGAUGCUAUAUGUGUUUUGGAUUUGAUAGACUAUCACAACCAGUGGUCUUUCAAGGCACACCUGUGACUGAGUGUUCCACGAACAAGGACUUAUUUUUCAGCCACUCUAACAAUCUUGUUCUUCAGCUACACGCCGACAGAAUUACGGUCAAAACUGUCCAAAUUUAUGGCUUUAUUUCUUAUGGUCCCCACCUUCCUGAAGUAAAUCAAGAAUUUGUCUGGGGGACUAAGCAGCCGUAUUUAGGGAUAGCAUUGCUCACUCUCGCGAUAGGGAAGGGGCUUGAGAAAGUGCUCUAAGCAAUUGCCUGGGGAUCCACACCGUCUGCACGCAGACCGUGGCCGGCAGACACAAAAUUCACGGUCGAAGCAACCUAAUCCGAAACAACGCACACUCACCUCCCCCUCCCCUUCCCCUUCCCCGCCACCCUACUCGUCAGACUGGUAGGGUAAGUUCGCUCUUCAAAACAGUCUGGAGUGUUCGUUCCAUUUUAGACAAUCUGAGGAGUAACCGAACGGAACGGAGGGUGGCGCUAAUGGCUCGGGAAUUUGCGCGCUACAAGGUGGACAUCGCUGCACUCAAAAAGACCCGGUUCUACGAACAAGGCCAACUGGAGGAGGUAGGUGCCGGCCACACCUUCAUCUGGAACGAUCGCCCCAGGGCAGAGCCACGGGACGCGGGCGUCGCCUUGGCCAUCCGCAAUCACAUCGUGGGACGACUGUCCUGUCUGCCGCAGGACCUCAACGAUCACCUGAUGAGUCUCCACCUGCCUCUCCAGGGAGGCAUAUUUGCCACCACCGUCAACGUCUACGUCCCCUUCUCCCACGUUGGCCAGCCCUGA